AGCGCGAGAUUUGAAUCCCGGAAGUAGGAAGUGAGGGAGCAGUGGGCCGGUAGGUUUGGCACCUGCUAAAGGGGGCGUGACACCGGCUGGUAUUGCUGAGAGUCUGACGGGAUGGAGGGACGAGGGUCUUCAGGGCUCUGGCAGCGGGGGAGCGGCGAGGAGAUAAUCGCAUCUCAAUGCCACCUCCUCCUGACUGUCACCUCUGGGAUCUGCACGCUUUCUGUUCCAUUCCGGCCUGCCAGUCAACUGAUGUUAUGAUCCGGGUGCGUCCUCCCCUGCCACUCUGCAGACAGUGGAGUCCCCGAUGCCUGUAAUCCCAAUUCCCCGUCGUGUUCGGUCAUUCCAUGGACCCCACACUACCUGCUUGCAUUCCGCCUGCGGACCGGUCAGAACCACGCAUCUGGUGCGCACCAAGUACAACAACUUCGACAUAUACCUGAAAUCCCGAUGGAUGUAUGGAUUCAUCCGCUUCCUGCUCUAUUUCAGCUGCAGCCUUUUCACGUCCAUCCUCUGGGUGGCGCUGUCCCUCCUCUUUUGCCUUCAGUAUCUGGGUAUCCGAAUCUUCCUGCGCCUCCAGUACAAACUAUCCAUCAUUCUGUUGCUGCUUGGGCGGAGGAGAGUGGACUUUAGCCUGCUGAACGAAUUGCUUAUUUAUGGGAUUCACGUGACCAUGCUGCUGGUUGGAGGGCUGGGCUGGUGCUUCAUGGUGUUUGUGGAUAUGUGAAUAGGUGCAUGCAGCACAUGGAGACCAGCCUUCCGUUGCCUUUCUCCUAUUUUAUCCCAGCCAGACACUUCUGGUUUUAUAAUAAAUGCACGUCACAUGG